AUGGCUCGGGAGCCCAAGCCCGGCCCUGCCCGGCCAGGCCAGAAGAGGCCAUGGGGCAGAGCCAUCUCCUGCAACUAUGACCUGGAUUACAAGCUGUACAGGGAAGAUUUCCCCUACAGGGUGUAUGAAUACCAGAGGAUCCCUCCACUAGUCAACCGUGUGCCUAUCAAGAUCCGGAGGACCCACUUGGGCAUGGGGGUCAAGAGCAACUUCAGUCCCCACAAGCCUCCCGGGAACAGUCAGCUGACCCCCAAGAUAAAGCUCCAGACUGAGGAGCUGCACUCCAUCAGGGGAGAGCUGAGCCAGAUCAAAGCCCAGCUGGACCGCCUGUUGGACAGUGUGGAGCGCAUGGACCAGCAGAGGGACCAGCUUUCAGGGACAGAGGACUGUGAACAGAAGAGGGGGUCUGGGAGUAAAGGCUCCUCAUGCAGAACCACUGAUCCCCUGCAGGAGCCCAGGGGCCAGAGGGCCCAUCCAGAGGCGGACAGCUUCCAGAACACAGACCUGGAGGAGGCAGUGAAGAAUCAUGCAGCAGACCAGGAAGACAGCCAGUAA